CGGAGGCUGGGGCUAUGAGGGUGCUUGUGACGCGCUGCUGGGGGCGCCGGCCGGCCCGCGGCGUCCCAGGGUUAAGGCCGAGUUCCCAUUGGCAAACGCCGGCGGGUCUCGGCGGAACCCCGGGCGGGGAGGAAGGCCAGGGCGCCCGAGCCCGCGAGAAGCCGCCCUGGCGGGUGCUCUUUUUCGGCACCGACCUGUUCGCCCGCGAGACGUUGCGGGCGCUGCACGCCGCCAGGAAAGCAGCGGCGUCAGAAGGAUGUAGGCCCAGAUCGCCGCGUCUGCGGACUCCCGGAAGGUGUGCGGCACCCGCCGGGGAAAACAAAGAGGAAACAUUAAUAGAAAAAUUGGAGGUGGUCACAGUGCCUUCCCCAUCAUCGAAAGGACUGCCAGUGAAGCGUUAUGCUGUGCAGUCUCAGCUUCCAGUGUAUGAGUGGCCAGAUGUGGGAUUUGGAGAAUAUGAUGUUGGAGUAGUGGCUUCAUUUGGCCGACUUUUGAGUGAGGCCCUUAUUCUUAAAUUUCCCUAUGGUAUAUUGAAUGUGCAUCCCAGUUGCCUCCCGAGGUGGCGUGGUCCAGCCCCCAUAAUCCAUACAGUGCUCCAUGGAGACACAGUUACUGGAGUAACAAUUAUACAAAUUAGACCUAAAAGGUUUGAUGUAGGCCCAAUUCUCAAACAAGAAACUCUUCCUGUGCCACCCAAGAGCACCGCAAAGGAAUUAGAAGCAGUGUUAUCAAGACUGGGUGCCACCAUGCUUAUUUCAGUUUUGAAAAAUUUGCCUGAAAGUAUGAACAAUGGAAGGCAGCAACCAACUGAGGGGGCAACAUAUGCCCCUAAGAUUUCUGCUGGUACCAGCUGUGUAAAAUGGGAGGAGCAAACUUCAGAGCAAAUACUCAGACUUCAUCGUGCUAUUGGAAAUACAAUUCCGUUGCAGACACUUUGGAUGGGUUAUACUGUUAAACUUCUGGAUUUGAUAGAAGUCAGCUGUUCCAUCCUUGCUGACCCAAAACUAACAGGACAGACUGUUAUUCCAGGAUCAGUAAUAUACCACAAACAGUCACAAAUACUGCUGGUUUAUUGCAAGAAUGGCUGGAUUGGUGUUCAAUCAGUGAUGCUCAAGAAAAUACUAACAGCUACUGAUUUCUACAAUGGAUAUUUGCACCCCUGGUACCAAAAAAAUUCCCAAGCUCAACCAAGCCAAUGCAGAUUUCAGACUCUCAGACUUCCAACAAAGAAGCAGCAGGAAAAAAAAAUUGUUGCUAUGCAACAGUCAUUAAGUAGUUAGGAAGAGAUGGACAAGAACUUUUUAUGUAUUUGUAAUUUAUUAACAGCCUUAUUUACAAGGAAUUACCAUGACUUUCAAAGAAGAUGACAUUGUUGGAAGAAGAGAUUAUUGUCAAAAAGAUGGAUUAUCUCACUUUCCACUGUUUUCUUAAAAAUAGGUAAAAACAACUUUUUCUACUUGAGUAACAAAAGAAGCUUUAAAUAAAAUUUUUAUUUAUAAUAUCAAACUCAA